AUGGCUACAGAACAAUCACCUUCAGUUUUAGAAUCUACAUCUAGAAAACGUCAACGUCGUUUAAGACAAGAUCCACAAUUUAUAUUUGAAAAUCCAACAACAAAUGAAAUUGAAAUGGAUACUACACCUAAAUCAAAUAAACAAAAUUUAAUAAAAAUAAAAACAAGAUCCGUACAUUCCGUUGAUGAUAAUUCAAUUGGUGCUGAUCUAUAUGAACCAGGUGAUAUUGUUUGGUCAAAAUUAGGUAGUUUUCCAUGGUGGCCAGCUCUUAUCUAUCGAUGCAAUGCUGAAGGUGGAAUAUAUACAAAAACAUUCAAUUCAAAUAAUAAAACAAAACGACAAUUUUUUGUAUAUUUCUAUGGAAAAUAUCUUGAAUAUGCAUGGUUAUCAACACGUUCAUUAUUAAAAUAUGCUGGUUUAAAUACUUUUAUUCAAAAUGCUGAAACAGCCGUUCGACAAGCUUCAACAAAAUCAGAAAAAUUAGAAUUAGCUAAUCGUUAUCAAUUAAAAGUUUCAAUGAAAAAACGUAUACAAUGGGAUGAAGCUAUUGAAUUAGCAGAUAAGGCAUUAACAAUGACAAAAGAUGAACGAAUUAAACAAUUUAGUGAUUUAUUAGAUGAUGUUAAAGUUGAUAAAAAAAAAUUAAAGAAUGAUGAAAUUCGUCGAAAAGUUUCUAUUGAUAAAAAUAAUGAUUUAAAAACAAAAUCAAAUAAACAUCCUAAACGAAUACGUUCAUUAUCAUCAUCACUUUCUUCUGAAUUACCUGAUCAAAUAAAUACGGUAGAAAAAAUUUCUCAACCAUCAAUUGAAAUUCAAAAUGAAAUAAUACAAUCAAAUAAUAAUAUAAAUAUGAAUGAAGAACCGAUGAAAAAGAAACGAGGUCGAAAAUCAAAAUCUACUUUAACAAUAAACGAACAAGAUAAUAAAACAUUAAAUUCAUCAAUAUCAAAUAACAAUAAUACUUAUUCAAUAAGAUCAAGAUUAAAUCAAUCAAUAUCUACAUCAAAUGAAAAAGAAAUUUCAUCAUUACUUACAAAUACAAAAAAAUUAAAUAAUGAUAAUGAAAUAGAAUAUGAAUAUGUACCAACAACUCAUGAUCAACAAACAUCAUGUCCAUUUAUAUAUUUUUCUUAUGCUAAUAUUCCACCAUUAUCAAAUUAUGAACAAAAACAAAUUGUUGAAAAUAUUUUAAAUUAUAAUAAAGAAAAAAUUUUAACAUUAGAUGAAGCUCGAUUAUUUGCUAUGAAUAAAGCUAUUGAAAUAGUCUAUGAAAAUCAUAAUUAUCGAAUGGAUAAUAUAUCAUCAGAAUGGUUUUAUGAUUCUAUUUUAUUAAAAUAUCCUUCAAUUGUAUUUAAAUAUCGUUCAUGGUUUGAUCAUGUUAAACCAGAUAUUAUUCCUGAUGGAACUGAUAUAAUUAAAUUAAAACAAUGGCAAAUAGCUCUUAUGAUUCAAGCACAAAUUAAAGCUGAACAGCGGCAACAAUUAUCAAAUGAAAAAUUAAAUUAA